AUGUCGUACAAUAUACCCGGUGUCGGUGAGGGUGUGUUGGGUGACGACGAUGAUGUUUUGUUCAUGUUGUCUUCUAUGCGGGAACUGUCAAUUAGUCGGAUUGAUGUAGUUAUAAAAAGAGAGUGGGUGAUAGUCGGGGGCCCCCCGCAGCUAAUGACUGCUAGUUGGGCAAAUCUUAUUACAGAUGUUGGGGAAGUGUUUGAAGAUGGUGCGAAGGAUUUUAGGAAGGCGUUAUGUCUUUAUGCUAUUGAGAUGGGUUUUGAAUUCCAGUAUGUGAAGAACAAGCGUGUUAAGGUCACUGCAGUUUGUAAAGAUAGGGAUGUGAAGGACUGUAUGUGGAGGAUUCAUGCAUCGAUUGAGCACGCCAAUGGCUUCUUUUAUAUUAGAAGAUAUGUCAAGCAUCACACAUGUGGUUGUGGAUUUCCUACGUCUAGUAAGAAGAGGUUGACGUUCGAUAUAAUUGCUGAGUUGAUGAUGAGCGAACUCAGAUCUAAGCCUGAGUGGGUGGCCAACGAUGUGGUUGUCCAUGCGAAGCUUCAUUUUUGUAUUGAUAUCAGCUACUAUGUUUGUUGGAGGACCAUUCAGGCUUCUAAGGAACACAUUUUCGGUGAUUACACAACAUCUUAUUCGUAUCUGCCAUCCUAUUUUGAUGAACUCGGCAGGACCAAUCCUAAAAGUGCAUAUCAUCUGGAUAUCGAUCAAGCAACGAAUAGGUUUCGACGAUGUUUUUUUGCUGUGGGUGCUUGUUUAAUGGGUUUUAAGUCAUGUCGGCCAGUGUUGUCCGUCGAUGGUACGUUCUUGAAGGAGAAACAUAGGGGGAUUUUGCUUGUUACAGUCGGGAAGGAUGGUCAAAAUGGUGAGUGA